AUGGCAGGUUAUACAGAGGAAUGGAUGUCUACUGAAGACAGUAUGAACUUGUACACUCGGAGAUACUUGCCUUCGGGUGAGGGUGCACCCAGGGGAAAGUGGGGCGUGUCAGGCACCAAGGCAGCCAUACUUUUUGUCCAUGGCUUCAUCGAACACGUCGGCAGAUACGAGCAUGUCUUCCCUCGCUACUCGAGCGCGGGUAUCGCAAUACUAUCCUAUGACCAGAGGGGGUUCGGCCGUAGCGCGCUUGAUCCCGCCAAUAGGAGCCCUUCGGCCAAGUACGGUAAAACUAGUUGGGCAGAACAGCAUUCGGAUAUCCAGCACAUGCUCGGUGUUCUCCGCGAAGGCGUUUCAAACGAGAUUCCUAUCUUCUUGGUAGGGCAUAGUAUGGGGGGAGGCCUUGUCUUGUCAUUCCCGACCCGUCCUCCGACUGCUCCGUUCAUUCCGAAGAGCGAAACGGUCCUUGGCCUCUCAGGUGUAAUCGCGACUUCUCCCCUUAUUCGUCAAACACACCCGGCGCCUGCAUGGCAGGUUGGGGCUGGCGGCCUGGUCAGUAAACUUCCAUUCGGUAGCGGUAUCAACGUCCCGGCAGAGGUUAAACCCGAGGAUCUUAGUCGCGAUCCCGCGGUUGGCGCGGCUUAUAAAAAGGAUCCCUAUGUUAAGUUUAUGGGAACAACCAAGGGCAUAUACGAUAUGAUAAAUGGGGGCAAGGAACUAGCUGAGCAUGACGUAACUAAUUGGCCCAUUGAUUUGCCAUUGCUGGUGGUACACGGGACCGACGACAAGCUUUGCUCUUGUCCUGCAGCAGAGAGAUUUGUGAAGGAAGCGCCAGCAAAAGACAAGUUAUUUGUACCCUUCGAGGGCGGAUAUCACGAACUCCAAAACGAGAUAGACGGCAUACAGGACAAAUUGUUUCAAACGAUUUCAAGUUGGAUUGAUGCACAUCUCGCAAAGGCUGCCAAAUUCCACAAUACCUGUCAUUCGCAAUACUUCGGUUUGCCCGGCUUUAGGAGCAAUAUGUCUGACUCGACGCUUGGGUCUCUUGUCGCUACCGUUGCCAUCGUGGUGCUCCCACUUGUUUUGCGGACUGUUAUCACGCGCAUUGCUCGUCUCCGGCAUCAAGCAAGCCAUAGUGGGCAAGGGAGCGUACAACAGAAGAGCUUCCGCAAAACAUCAGCCAUUAUGCGAUUAACCGUAGGACUGUAUUGCUUGCUUGCGGUAGGAAUGUGGUAUACCUCCCAGCCAGACCUCUUCACUCGCUUGAGACUACCAGUCACUGCGACAGGAGACCAAAUACGAUCUGCUCUCAUUACUCAACGCCCACUAGAAUUUAUUCCGCUAGACCUCCAAAGAGCGUAUCAACAAGGGACUCAAAAUGGGCUCAAUAUUCGAAAAGGAAUUCGCACCUCGCACCCUUUGUUUACCCCAGAACUCGACCGCACACUUCAACGGAUCGAAACCUUUGAUAUUAGACUGAUCUACGGACGCCUCGGACAUUCGGUGGUCGCAUCAUGUGAGUGGUGUACCACCCGAGACGACUACCUCCUGUUCUCCGCCGCUGGGCUCAGCUUGGGCUAUAUUGCUCUUUUGUCAAUUGUUGGAGUCAUUACGGAAGCACCAGAGAGGCGAAAAGCUCGGACUUAUGCUGUUGCAGCGGUCGCCUUUGCCGCCGGUCUGGAUAUAUUUUUCACAGGGCUUACAAAAGGCUCAUUACGGAAAGGGGACAGAGUCCAGCACGUAUCCACUGCUCAACAAUCCACCAUUAAGAACACUCGUUACGCCGGACUAGUUAGAGAAGCAAGCCUUGACUCUUGGGCUAAUGUCACAUCACGCAAGGUUGAUGCGGCCCUUGAAGAUGAAGAUUUUCAGCAUACGUUAGACCGCAUUCGACCUCCCCCGCCCGACGCCGACCAUGAAAAACCCGCGGUGGAGAGACUGAAGGACUGGGCUGGACGAACGACAGGGGAGACCCUUCGAGAUUUGGAUUCUAUUAUUACUACCGGGCGUGCAUCAUCCACAGGAGGGCCAAAUUAG